AUGUCUUUUGUGCGAAAGACCCCUACACAUCCAACGGGUGGAUACAGAAGUCACGAAGAAAAUAUCAGUCGUGCCCAAAGUGCAACUCUUCCUAAACAAGGCAUCGAAGUCGAAGCAUGUUGUUUUGUGUCGGCUGCAGGAAAUGAACGCCUUAGAAGCCAGGAGGCGGAAAAGUCGUGA